AGAAGUUAGGCACAAGAAGUAAAACAUUGUAAAAGGAAACUUAGACACAACUCUAAUAAGUAUUUAAGAGAUUUUUUAGAUUAUAAUUGUUAAUUUAAUUUGUUAUGUUCGUUGAAUUUCUUUGAAGAUAAAAUUGCGAUCUAUCGUUUAGUUGAACCACCGUCACAAAGGUAUCCUGUCCCUGCCACGCAAGGAGUACGCAUGUGCCAGGACGUUGCAGUUAUUUUCAACACUGCUCAUCCAAAUGGAAAAGGAAUUCGCAUUGCAGGAUUAUAUGGAAUGCCGGGCCAGGGGAAAACUACACUUGGCAAGACUUUUUGCAAUCUUAAUUUGAAGGAAUUUUGUAACAGAGUAUGUCAUCUGAAAUUUUGUGGAGGUAAUAAAUUGGACAGACAAAAACUUGCCCUGGAGUACCUUACUCACUGCAGUAAGUCGCAACUCGAAUCGCUGACAAGGGAGGAAGAGGCACGCCAAAAGUUGUACGAAAGAGUGAGGGGCCAAAGAGUAUUAUUGGUUCUGGACAAUAUCACCGAAGACAGCAUAGACGAAGUGAAAUAUUAUCUUGGGGCAGACUUGGGAGAAAACAGCUGCAUCCUUUUGAGUGCACGGAGCGAAGAUGUUCUAGCAAAGAAUUUCAGUAUAAACCUUAACUCAAGCAUGAGCAUCCCAGCCCUUGAAGAGAAAGAGGCCAUAGCAAUCUUGUUGGAAAGGACAUCUCUAGAAAGCUCAACGUUAGGGACAGACGACAGACGUUUUGCUUUGAAGCGUGCAAAGAAAUGUUCAUUCAAUUUUCGGAGAGCUCGAACAUUUCAUCCAAUGGCCUUAAAAGCUUUUGGCGGCUACCUCUUUAGUAAAUACGGUUCGGAUUUGUCAACAUGGGCAGCUGAGAUAGAUGGGAUGGUAGACAGAGCCGGUGAUGGUUUGGACGAAGUGUUCGUUGUGCUAAAGAAAGCUUUUGAUUAUAUGAAUCCAAAAUACCGUACCAUAUUCAUGCUUCUCACUCUAUACAUGCAGCCUAAUAUGCCUCCCCUCAAAGUGAAUGAGUGGCUUGCAAUAACUUGCAAGGAAGAGAUCGAGUAUAUAGAGAACGCAGUUAAGGCUCUACUGGAAAAAGCUUUUAUUGAAGAAAUUAAACCUGAAAUUCGCAUCCAAAAUGUGUACUUGGAGUUCGCUCUAAGCCAAGCAAGAAAGAUGAAGAGAUGGCUUUGGUAUAAGGACGACCUCGUUACUUCAGAAGCUGAAGAAGGGCUUGAAUUGGCAAAUGUAGAGUAUUACCAGCAUUUAGAUCUGUCCAAGAUUGGUACUGAGUGCGUGAAAAAUCUAUGGGCUCUUCAGGUAGUGGAUGGGAAGAAAGAGAUGUGCAACCUUGGAAUCAGCUUGAUGAAAUAUAUAAGGAACUUCACUUCACACAAUUCUGAAUAUCUGGUAGUCCUUGGAGGAAUGGAAAACUUGCCAUACCUGGCGUCGAUUCAGGUAGGGAAGUUACCAGAGUUAAAAGUCUUGAAUUUAAGCAGCCUCAAUGCCUUGCAAUAUCUUGAGAUUAUGGGUCACGUACCGUUGAUCGCUGAUUGUUCCAGCCUAUCCAAAAUUGUUCUCAACAGAUGCGAUCCAGUAACAGAAUAUUCAGAUGAAGAUAAGCCAAAUGUUUUAGAGUUAUGCAUUUCAUCAGAAGAUGCUUUGGCGCCAAGGCAUCCAGAGUGUUGUGAUGGACUUAAGAAUCUGCCCUUGUGGAAUAUCGUCAUAUCGAGUGAUGUUCCGAGUUUGAGACGUCUUUCAAAUUUGACUCUGCUCAAACUAUACAAUUGUGAUAUAAGUGAACCACCGGAUGUUACAUGUUGUAGCAUGUUGGAGGAUGUUUACUUUUUCAGAUUGAGAUAUUUAAAAAGCUUUCCCAAAUUUUCUUCACUGGGGAAGUUGAAGAAAUUAUGUUUAUCCAAUUGCAAGAGGGUUCGAGCUCCUCCCGCUAUCGGGGGUUGCCAGGGGUUACAGGUGUUUAAUUUUCUCCACAACGAUAAUAUGGAAGAGCUUCCACAGAUGAAUGGCUUCUCACUAUUACAGGAAAUCAAACUGAGUUGGCAAUUGGAGGAUGAUCCUGAAUCUUGCUCGGAUGAAGAUGACGUUCUUGAUGACUCCAACAGCUAUGAAGAUGACAAUCUUGAAAUUUGUCCGGAUUAUGACGAGAUCUUCAGGAAUUUGAAUGAUGUAUUUAUGCCGGUGGAAUUGAAAAGGUGGCAUUGGAUACAGGACAAGACAGUGCGGGUGCAGAAGUAUUCUCGUGGAGGGAAGGAGUAUUAUUGUAUGAUAGCUUCGUAUGUAUGA